AAGCAUUAUCCGGCGAAAGGGAUUAGUCCUAUGUUAGGUCAUAUUUUAAUAUUUUUGAUUGUGUUUGUUUUUUAAAUACCAAAUUUUUUUGACGUGGACUUGACCACAAGUGAGCGAUAGGUACCCUAAAAAAGAGGGUAAUAUAUUCUUUCUUAAAAAUUUCGUUCUUCGUUUGCAUGGGUGUGUCUAAUUCUCAGCGAGAUUAUCAUCUCUAGGACGCCCAAGGGUUUAUUUUAUGAUUUUUUUUUCUAUAAUAACUCAAAAGUUCUACUUGGAAAUAUGCGACCAGCGUGAAGAAAACAACAAUUGCAUCACUGUUGAAGUUUUUAAAUAAAAUACCUAUAAUUUUUUUUUUUUAUUAAAACAACUUUGCAGUAUCGCCUCAAAUAUCGCGCACUCUCUCUCUCUCUCUAACAAGCACACCGCUAUUUGCGCUCACAUCAUGUCAAUGUUGGUCUAUUGCUCUUUGUAAUUUAACUCGAUUUAAACAAUAAUGCCAUGCCAUUGUAAAGCCGUAACAAAUGCGUGUAUUUUCUCAUCAUACAUAUCUACAUGUUUGUACAUGCGUCUCUUUCAUCGCGACGUUUUCACUAUUGGCUCCUGUCUCACUAAAUUCACUGUGUCUCUGUCCAUAAUUUGCUUCUCUCCCUACACUCUCUCUCUCUCUCUCUCUAUCUCUGUUUCCCAGUUUCUGCCACUGUCUGCCAUGUGUGUGUUUUGCGCUCUGUAAAUUGUUUGUCAAUUCAAACGUGUUGCCUGCCUGUUACUGAGGCCGAUAAACUUGCUGUCAUCAUUGCAUCGAAUGCUACCAACCAUUCACUAAAUAUCGAUAUGCUCAAAUCAACCAAUCUUAAACAAAAAAAACCUAUAUUCAUAUAGGAAAGCACUAACAUUAAAUUUAAGGCUUUUUAGACAUAAUUACAUAUUCUCAUAAGCGUACCUAAAACCAAAUAAAAUCUUCAUAUUUAAGGUGCAAUGCAUACUAUUCAUAAAUUCGUGUACAUAGGUUUGCACAAAAAGUGUUAGAAUCCUAAACUUUUUUGUAGUAUGUCAGUCAGUAAGUGAGUAACUUAAUAAUUUGUUUAUUGAUUUUAUUCUCGACUUUUUCCAAAAAUCCUACUCCAACACUUCAACUUCGCCUCUUCUCAACUCUCGAUGCAAUCCAAACUUGUACAAUAAAAUUUUGUAAUCAUGGCUAUGCGACAUGUUGCUAAUUUUCAACAAUCCCCGACACUCUUUGAUUGCCAAACACACAUGCAAUAAAAAAUAAAAAAUAAACAAACAAACGAAUGAAAAAACUGAAUUCGAAUUAUGAUUUGAAACAAAACGAAUUACUGGCGAUGGUGUAAUCGGUAUAUUUGAUCGAUUUUCAAUGGUUUUAUCGAUGACGUGAUGACAAUGAUUGUGUGAAUUUGAUUUGUACCGAUCCGAUCCGAUCUGAUCGUAUGUGAUAACGAUUAACUAAAGGUGGAGCGACUUUGCAAAUGUCAGAGACUGGUGGAUUAUCUACGUUACCGGGCACGGGGGGCAACACAAGCGGCACACUAAUACAAUUGCCGCCGGAUAACGCGCCGACAUUUUACAUACCUCAUAGGAUUCCAUACAAUACCAAUAAUAGUGGCAUAGCCGAGGAUCAAACGCGAAAGCGUGAGAUACGUUUACAAAAGAAUCGUGAGGCAGCGCGUGAGUGCCGGCGUAAAAAGAAAGAGUACAUAAAGUGCCUGGAGAAUCGGGUGGCGGUGCUUGAGAACCAAAAUAAAGCGCUCAUUGAAGAACUGAAGUCACUCAAGGAGCUCUAUUGUCAAACAAAGAUCGAUUGAAAUAGGCAGGAUGAUGACGACGACGACGACGAUGCGGUUGGGACGGAUGUGACGGCUUCGGUUGACUAUGAGGACGACGCCGAUUGCGAUGGUGAUGGUGACGAUAACGACGCCGAUGAGGACAUUGUUGACGAAGUUGAUACCUCUGAUGCAGAGGGGACGUCAGUUGCGACAGCGGAAACCGCGACCAAUACAAACUUUGAAACAGUAAUUGCUAGAGAAGUUAUUAAUGUCGAUGCGACAUGCGAAACGAAAGCAGCUACACUACUUAGUAAUGAGAUAAAAUACCAUGAGGACGAUAAUAGGAGUCCUUAUGAAGAGGACCUCGCUUUGUUGCGAACUGUUGCAGCUGAACGAAAUGUUGCUCGAGCGAAUAGUCACAAACUGCAAUUGGUGCAUGUGGAUACGACUCCGUCUGCAGUAGUAGCAACAACAACAACAACAACAAAUACUAUUGUGCGUCGCCUUGUAGUAGCAAAUGUGAAUGCUGCCGCAGCCGCUGCCGUCAAUGCCACCGCCGCCACCGUUGUUUAUGUGCCCGCUAGACCUCCCACAAAUUGUUAACCUGAUUCGGCGAAGAGUUAGAUUUGCAUUAAUUUUUCGUCUGAACUAAAAAUUUUUGAUGAUAAACAAAAACUAAAAAAAUCAAUCAACACAAAAACACUCAAGCAUAGAAAGUGAAGAUAAAACAUUUUUUUGUAAUCUAAUUUAUAUACAUAUGUAUGUACGUAUCUUUUUAGAAUGAGCCGAGAAAGGAUAAAUACAUUAUAAUUAUGUAAAUGCAAUGCAUUUACAUAUGUACAUAUUUAUAUGUAUGCACAUAUGUAUAAUGACAAUGGAAAUAGUAAGAGUUAGAUAUCUAUUAACGACAGCCCAGAAGGCUGUGGUGAUUUUCGACAAGCUUAAGUUUACGGAACGACAACAGGAUGUUUAAACCUUUUUU